AUGAGGAUUCUCCUUUUCACGGCCAUCUGCGUUGCAGCCACCAAAGCCGAUUGUAGUUGUAACGGGUGGGAGCCGGACGUUUCCUGGUGUGGACUUGGUGAUCAAGGAAUCAGCAAACUUGAAGGAAAGGACCUUUCGGUUGAUAUUUGCGAUUUUGAAAAUUGGAAGAUGAAAACCCGGAAAAUAGCAGUAGACUGGGGCACGAAUACCAUCCCGCCUUACUGCCCUGAUGUCUUGAAAUGGUAUGAAGAAAGAAAAAAGAAUCUUCCAAGUUGUAGAUGUAACGGGACAACGGAACUUGCUUGGUGCGAUCUUAGUCGUAGAGAUGUCGGAGCUGUUAAUGAGAACGACGGAACUAACAAAACAUGUAAUGAUUCUUGUAAAACGGAUGAAAAAGCACUGCAAGAGUGCAUUUGUGAAACUGAAGUUGUCCUCAAAGUCGCUCUUGAACAUACGCUUACUGGAACAGUCGACUUUCCGGAAAACACAACCAAAUACGAAGUUUAUCAAGUAAAAGUGUUGAACAAUCUUAUUGAAAACGAGAUGAACUCGCAUCUCACGUGGGAGAGCGUGCUUGUUCUUCUACACGACACAAGCGAAUGCACAGCCAGACUUGGGACGAUGCCACAAUAUAUUGCAGGCCGUACGGUCAACUGGAAUGAAACAACAGCUGUCAACAUCACUUCCUGCGGUUUACAUAUGUUGGCUUUGCAAAAACCGAAUAUUGACCGAGUAGUAAAGACGUUUAAAAAUGAAACACACCCACUUCCAUGCAAAAAGAUCUUAAGCGCCUUGCCAGAGCCUCAGUUUGCAUCAGGGCCCCUCAAUCAGUUGAUAUCUAAUACCUUGCGGCGUAUUAACGUAGGAACUAGUGUUUUAAUUGAUUAA